AAGGAAGAAGAGGAUGAGCGCGUGGUAGACAGAGGCAGCAGCGGGCGGGAACACGGUGGUGUGUGUGUGUGCCGCGUGCGGGCUUUUCUGCGGGUCUUACUGUGUGUGUGUCUGUGAGUGUGUUUGUAUGUGUAUGUGUGUGUGUGGAGGCUGCCUUCCUGCCUUCCUUCCUUUCCUCCGCACCGCUUCAACAACACACACCACGGGGACGAGCCAGAGGACGGAACGGUAGCCGAGAAGGGAAGUGUGUGCUCCGGCUUCUGUUCAUGAGGCAGAUGCUCCCAGCCGCGCAGCUUGACAGGAGUGAUGGGAUGUGUCAACUAGCAGAUGAGGCAGCCUUGGACGAUGUAAUCGGGCUGAAGGAUUCGUCUGCAGUGUACACAUCAGCACAAGACCAAGGAGGGACAGAGGAAGGGGAGGAAGAGGAGGAGGAGGACACAGAAGACACCAGGAUGGGAGUGGGAAAAAAUACCACGUCCAAGUCUAUGGACAGCAGCAGCGAGGGAGGAAAAUACGAAGAGGAGAACAAACAUGGAGCAGAUUUUUACCCCAUACCGGUGGUGGUAAAUGGAGUGGGUGGGGCCACCGGAGACCAGGACACCGAGAACACAGAGCUGAUGGCCAUCUACACUAAAGAGAAUCAAGCCGCAGAAAAGAGCUCCAUGUCUGAGACGUUGGACAGCACAGACAGUAUUGACGCCCGGAGGAUGGACAUGAUCUACACCAUUGAAGACACCCCGCCCUGGUACCUGUGUGUGUUCUUAGGAUUACAGCACUACUUGACAUGUUUCAGUGGGACUAUUGCCGUGCCGUUCCUCCUUGCCGAGGCCAUGUGCGUGGGCUUCGACCAGUGGGCCACCAGCCAGCUCAUAGGGACCAUCUUCUUCUGUGUGGGGAUCACUACCCUGCUACAGACCACGCUGGGCUGCAGGCUGCCUUUGUUCCAGGCCAGUGCUUUCGCCUUCCUUGCACCAGCCAGAGCCAUUCUGUCUCUGGACAAAUGGAAGUGUAACGCCACAGAUAUCCCAAUGAUGAACAGUACAGAACUCCUCCACACAGAGCACAUCUGGCACCCAAGGAUACGAGAGAUCCAAGGCGCUAUCAUCGUGUCGUCUUUGGUGGAGGUGUGCAUCGGAGCGCUGGGUCUGCCGGGGAUCCUGCUCAAGUACAUCGGCCCCCUGACCAUCACCCCCACCGUGGCCCUCAUCGGCCUGUCAGGUUUCCAGGCAGCAGGAGAGAGGGCGGGGAAGCACUGGGGCAUCGCCAUGCUGACUAUCUUUUUGGUGCUGCUCUUUUCCCAGUACGCCAGAAACGUUCACUUCCCUCUGCCGAUCUACAAAGCCAAGAAAGGCUGGACCUCCUAUAGACUGCAGGUCUUCAAAAUGUUCCCUAUCAUCAUGGCCAUCCUAGUUUCAUGGCUGCUGUGCUUCAUCUUUACUGUGACUGAUGUUUUUCCACCUGAGAAGGACAAGUACGGUUUCUACGCUCGCACUGACGCACGUCAAGGAAUCCUGACAGCUGCACCGUGGUUCAAGAUCCCCUAUCCCUUUCAGUGGGGCGUUCCUACGGUAACAGCAGCAGGAGUGAUUGGCAUGAUGAGCGCAGUGGUGGCCAGCAUCAUUGAGUCCAUAGGGGAUUACUACGCCUGUGCCCGCCUGUCAUGUGCUCCUCCUCCUCCUAUCCACGCCAUAAACAGGGGGAUCUUUGUAGAAGGUAUUUCCUGUGUACUGGAUGGACUUUUCGGGACAGGAAAUGGCUCCACCUCGUCCAGUCCAAAUAUAGGUGUUUUAGGAAUCACAAAGGUGGGCAGUAGACGUGUGAUCCAGUACGGAGCUGCUAUGAUGCUGCUGCUGGGGCUUGUGGGUAAAUUCAGCGCCCUGUUUGCCUCACUCCCCGACCCGGUCCUUGGAGCUCUCUUCUGCACCUUGUUUGGGAUGAUAACAGCGGUGGGCCUGUCCAACCUGCAGUUUGUUGACCUCAACUCCUCCAGAAACCUCUUUGUCCUUGGAUUCUCCAUUUUCUUUGGCCUGAUGCUGCCAAGCUACCUCAAACAGAACCCACUGGUCACUGGCAUAGUUGAGAUCGACCAAGUGCUGAAUGUGCUCCUCACGACUGCCAUGUUCGUUGGAGGCUCUGUUGCUUUUAUUUUGGACAAUACUAUCCCUGGCACCCCUGAAGAGCGAGGCAUCAGGAGGUUGAAGCGCGGCUCGGGCCUCAGCGCAGCGGAACUAGAGGGAAUGCGAUCUUAUGACCUGCCAUUUGCGAUGGACUUCAUUCGCAGAUACCCCAUUUUCAAGUACAUCCCCAUUAGCCCCACAUUUAUGGGCUACCAGUGGGGGCAGCUGCAGGACGCCUGCAGGAGCAGACUGGGACACAGGGACGGUGGGGUGAAGGGAGGAGGAAUGGGAGGGGAGGGGGGCACAGCUGCAGGUGAGAGCCGGGUAUAGCUAAAGGAUGAAAGCGGAAACAUGUUCAAUCUGGCUAAAUUUGGGGGACAAGAGAUGGUACACUAAGACAAAAGGAUGGGAGGGUGGAGGACUGGAAAAGGUGCAGGAUUUGGGAUGCACCAGCCCCUGUCAAGAUUAUUUUUUCUUUAGCUUGUGAGUCUUCUCCCACUUCCCACUAUGCUAUGUUGAGCAUGCUUUAGCAAGUCGCAGCAUGCUGUAAAAUGUCACCGUUCAGAGGUUCGUCAGUGUGUGUGCAUGUGUGUACUGUAUGCAGAAACAGUCUGUGCAUUCAUCUACUGCACAGUCAGCCUGACAGGUGGAUGUCAAACAGUUGCACGUUUGAUUCCUACAGUCAUGAUCACGGCAAAUUGGUUCUGCCCGUUCUGCUCAAACCUCCUCUGCUAAAAGCACUAGAUUAGAUUAUGUCAAUUGAAGAUUAUGCAAAAUUUGGUAUGAUUCAUUGCCUUUAGCUUCUUUAUGCAACCACAUUAGAGCUGCACACAUGCACACAGCCUCGGCCCUAAAAGAGUUCGAGCCCUGAAAAGCCUGUGGGGGGGGGGGUUACAUACACUGAUGGAAGCGCUUUUGUCAGGUGCCCUUAGACACGCACAGUGAUUGUGAUUUGUUUUUGCACUAUCUGCCUCCUGAGUUUCAGAAUGUCACUUCACUGUUCACUCCCACAUUCUCUUUAGAUGCUCCUUUUUCAGCUCAUCUCUUUCAAAACAAACUCACCUUGUUCUCAGCUCACUGACGGAUCGUUUGCAUUUCUUUUUCGGUAUUAGCUGUCGUUUUACUAACCAGAGAGAAAAAGCUUCACUUUUCCUUAACACAUCAUGGUGUCAUUUGGUUCUUAAAGCUACAGUAGGCAGAAUCCUCAGUUCAUCCCAGAGGGAAAACUAUUCAAACUUGCAGCUCUCUCCUGUCUGUCUUCAGCACAGACUGAACAUAAAGUUGGAUGAUGUGACAGCAUUUCAUGCCACCGUAUUGGUGUCAUUGGUUGUCACAGCUCUUAAACACCCAGUUUUAUGCCCCUCCUCUCUGAAAAGAGCACAGAUUUGCCAAACAGUUGUGUAAUAGUUCAGAUAAUGGUCAUUAUUGCAGUCGUGGCAGUCAGUAACUGGUCAUCGAAACCGAUAAACUUUAGUAGGAAAAAUGAAAACCUCAGUGUCAAAUUCUUCAUUAACUCAUUAAGUGUCCUUAAACUGUCAAAUGAACU